UUUGUUGGUAUGGUGAUAAUAAGUUUGGAGUUUUUUUAAUUUUGUAAUUUUCUCAAAAUUAUUUGUUUAAAAAUGUAAUACUGAAAGUUGAUAGUUAUUUAGUCAAUUAGUUGAAUAUUCGUUAGUUAAUUCAUCCACUGCAGUUACAUACACCAUUCCCUUCUGCAGAGAAUUGAAAUGGAUAAAACAGGGUUAAUUCCUGCUCGAUUUAUAACCAUGAUCGGACAUUUCGUCAUGUUGAUUAUGGCAUUGAAUUGUCGAGAUACAAAUGUUAAGGCAUGUCUACCUUACAGUUAUGAUACUGAAGAAUAUUUAGGCAAAGAUAGAGAAUUAGUGAUCGGAUUAUCAUUGGGCUUAGCUUUCCUCGGGGUUGAAAUAUUCGGUUUUUUGUUCGGAUUCUCAAUGUUUAUGCCUUUAGCGGCAUCGAUUUCUGUUGCAGCUCAUUCGUUUGCUUGCAUACUGCUGUCGUAUUGGCUAAUUGAUACAUGGGAUUGCGUUUUCUUCUGGUGGGUUUUCUUCUUAUGCAGCUUUAUUCCAGGGUUUGUGGAGAUCUGUAUCAUUACUAAUAUGAUGGUUGUUAAACGUAUUGCUUGCUGAGUAAUACGAAUGUAGAAUAUCUCAACUACAUUUAUGUUAAGAAAAAAAGACUCAAGAUUAGGUUGUAAUUGUCUACUGUGCCAAUUUAUUUGUUGUUCAGAUUUUGUAUGUACAAAGAAAUAACGAGUAAAUGUUUUAUAAUUUUGUA